AUGACUACUAAAUCAUCUUUGAAAAGAGCCGAAUCCAACAUUGCUCUUAUAUCAAAGAUUGAACCUCAAAAUAUCCAGGAAGCACUUGCUGAUCCAUCUUGGGUAUUAGCCAUGGAGGAGGAAUUGCAGCAGUUUGAGAAUAAUCAAGUCUGGACCCUAGUGUCUCAUUCAAAUGGAAAGAAAGUCAUCGGUACAAAAGGGAUUUUCAGAAAUAAAUUGGGUGAAGAUGGAACCAUUAUUAGAAACAAAGUAAGAUUAGUGGCUCAAGGCUAUAAUCAAGAGAAAGGGAUUGAUUUUGAUGAAUCAUUCACACCUGUAGCAAGACUGGAAGCUAUCAGAUUACUCUUAGCCUAUGCAGCUCAUUGCGGCUUCAAACUGAUGCCAGGGCAUCAUGAAAUUGAUGAAAAAAGUAAGUAA